UGUAUUGUGAUUCCUCCAUUUUGGUAUAGUUUAUGAUAUUAGGUACUUUGAACUGAAAAGUUUAGGAUACAUCUCCGUAUUAUUGCAGAAAAGCUGGUGACACUUAGGUUGAAAUUAUUGCAAAUAGAAGUUUAGCAUUUUCUUUAGAAACCCUGUAAUCUUUUUUUUUUUUUUUUUCCUCCUGAAGGGAAACCGUGUUGGCUGUUACUGCCAGUUUCCUCUUUCGAAUAGUAGAAAGAACUCACUUUGAGAGCCUAGAAAUCCAAAAUCCAGACUUGCCUCAAGCCUGCCCGAGGACAACAUUUAAUUAAGAUUCUCAUGACUCUACCUUGAAUAGUCUAUAGAAGACACAGCAGCAAGACUCCCAGAUGAACAACCGAAAGGAAGAUAUGGAAAUCACUUCUCACUACCGGCAUCUGCUUCGAGAGCUCAAUGAGCAGAGGCAGCACGGAGUCCUCUGUGAUGCAUGUGUUGUGGUGGAGGGCAAGGUCUUCAAGGCACAUAAGAACGUCCUGCUUGGGAGCAGCCGCUACUUUAAGACACUCUACUGCCAGGUACAGAAAACAUCUGACCAGGCCACCGUUACUCACUUGGACAUUGUUACAGCCCAGGGCUUCAAGGCCAUUAUUGACUUCAUGUACUCCGCCCACCUGGCUCUCACCAGUAGGAAUGUCAUCGAGGUGAUGUCAGCUGCCAGCUUCCUACAGAUGACUGACAUUGUGCAGGCCUGCCAUGAUUUCAUCAAGGCUGCACUGGACAUCAGCAUAAAGUCCGAUGCCUCAGAUGAACUCUCGGAAUUUGAGAUUGGCACCCCAGCCAGCAACAGUACAGAGGCAUUGAUCUCAGCCGUGAUGGCUGGAAGGAGCAUCUCCCCAUGGUUGGCUCGGAGAACAAGUCCUGCCAAUUCUUCUGGAGACUCUGCCAUUGCCAGCUGUCAUGAAGGAGGAAGCAGCUAUGGGAAGGAGGACCAGGAACCCAAAGCUGAUGGCCCUGAUGACGUUUCUUCACAGUCUUUGUGGCCUGGAGAUGUAGGCUAUGGGUCUCUGCGCAUCAAGGAAGAACAGAUUUCACCAUCACAUUAUGGAGGGAGUGAGCUUCCAUCUUCCAAGGACACUGCAAUGCAGAAUUCUUUAUCAGAACAGGGUUCUGGGGAUGGCUGGCAGCCCACAGGCCGGAGGAAGAAUCGGAAAAAUAAAGAGACUGUCCGACACAUCACCCAGCAGGUGGAGGAGGACAGCCAGGCUGACUCUCCGGUACCUUCAUUCCUACCCACAUCGGGAUGGCCUUUCAGCAGCCGAGACUCAAAUGUGGACCUGACGGUCACUGAGGCCAGCAGCUUGGACAGCCGAGGCGAGAGAGCAGAGCUCUAUGCUCACAUGGAUGAGGGCCUACUAGGAGGAGAAAGCAGCUACUUGGGCCCACCCCUCACCCCAGAGAAGGAGGAAGCACUACACCAGGCUACUGCAGUGGCCAAUCUCCGUGCUGCACUCAUGAGUAAGAACAGUCUGCUGUCACUCAAGGCUGACGUGCUCGGUGAUGAUGGCUCGCUUCUGUUCGAGUACCUGCCCAAAGGUACCCACUCACUGUCUCUGAAUGAAUUCACGGUGAUCAGGAAGAAGUUCAAGUGCCCCUACUGCAGCUUCUCAGCCAUGCACCAAUGCAUCCUUAAGCGACACAUGCGCUCACAUACUGGAGAGCGACCCUACCCUUGUGAGAUCUGUGGCAAGAAGUUCACUAGGAGAGAGCACAUGAAGCGACAUACUCUGGUCCACAGCAAGGACAAGAAGUACGUGUGCAAAGUGUGCAGCCGUGUGUUCAUGUCUGCAGCCAGCGUGGGCAUUAAGCACGGCUCUCGUCGCCAUGGUGUGUGUGCAGACUGUGCUGGCCAGGGUGUGGGCACACCACUAGACCAUGGUGGAGGUGGUGAGGGCUCCCCUGAGGCACUGUUUGCCGGUGAAGGGCCAUACCUGGAGGACCCGGAUGAUCCACGAGGGGAAGUUGAAGAGGAGCUGGGUGAGGAUGAGGAUGAGGAUGUGGCCAAGUGGAAGGACGACGUGGGUUUGGCACAUGAGGAUGCACUGCUGGGAGAUGACAAGGAUGAUGAAGACUCUCCACAGGGGCCUCACAGCCCCUCUGGGGAGCCUGAUAAAGACUUUGCCUGGAUCUCCUAGGGGCUCUGCUCUAGUGGGCAGGGUGAGUGGUGGCUGAAUUGCUUUGUCCACCUGUGUGUGUGUCUUAGUGGAUCUUUACUUACCCAGGAGCUGGGCCAUGCUUACUCCUUGAAGCUCUUCCUAAAGGCCCCUCCUCCGUGCUACACCCCUCCCCAUUGCAGAAACUGGUCCUGUGAGCUGAAAAUUGGGUGUGACUCGUGACUGGGGAGCACUAGGACUGAACACGAAGUGAGGGGUACAGUGUGAGUUUAAGAAAAGGGAUAAUGCAUACUCCCACCUGUCCAGGUAUUAAUGGAAUCCCUAGCAGGUGUCUAGAUAUAUGGGCAGGGCUGCGCCAAGGCCUGGGCAUGCUUGCUCAGGGUAUCAAAGGAGCCCUUUGCUGUGAGCCUGGCUAGGAAUGCAAGAUGACUCAGUGUAUAGGUCAGGGUCAGCUCUGGAUAUGGUCAUAAGGGCAGUCUCCCAGACUGCAGGCCUGAGUAGGUGUUGAGUUUUACAUAAACACAAACUGCUCCAUCCACAGCACUGCUCGAUCUCCUUCUAUCCCCCCUCCCCAAGCAGUCAGGUUAUGGGCUAUGGCCCUGUGUCACUCUGUCCUCUUGGUUUCUGCUGCCCCACUGCAGUGGGUGGAAUCUAUUGGGCAAAAAGUCCUGCAACCCUCUUACCUCCAGGCUUUGGUGCUUAACACAAAAUGACUGCAGAUGCCUCUCUGGAAGCCCUGGGCUCCAGGUGCUAUCUCUGUGGGAAGCAGCUACCUAAUUGGCAGGCCAAGGAGGAGCGCUGUCUGUCCAAGAGGGGACCUGUGGCCGGAUACUUUCCACUUUAGGCUCAUAGGGUUGAGUUGCAAAGGCCACAGCUCUUUGUUCUGUGUGCACUUUCUUGGAGAGCCCCACUGUGCACCCUGAGUUCUGCCUGUGCUUUUGCUGAUCCCUUAUCGGACCAGAUAGAGCUCAGCUCUUGCCUUGGUUGCUGCUAACACUGGAGGUGGGUGUUCCUAGCUGCAGUGCUGCUAUGCCUCUCUGCCUAGGAACCAAAUUUUAAAGAAGUCGGAGACAUUUUGAGGUGGUUACUACAGAUUACUUUGUUUCAAAUUGUUUUUCUUACUACCAGAGUGGUUUCCUUUAACUCUUCACCAAGUCCUCUAACUGUAUUUCUGAAGGUUCUCACACUUCUUCUGUGAAGUGUGGGCUUCAUUUCCAUGGCUCUGAGGCCCAAAGAGACUGCUGUCCACAUACUGGCAGGGUAGACAUAGAUGCAGCAGCCUGCCCUCCACUUGAGGCUGUUUCUGACAAACUAUUAAGACAUUCCGUCCCUCACCCACCUCAACUCCCCAAAGCCCACUACAGUGGUGUUCAGUGAGCACUCUGGCGUGUGCCGAUGGGCUAACCCUACCCUGUGCAAGGGCUCUAAGGCUACUAAGCAUUAGGGCCAAUUAGAGAAUUUUGGUUUCCCUUUCUCAGACAAAUAAAUUUUAUACUUUUUUUUUAACUGACACAUCUGUUCUCAUUGGUAAGUAAGGAGACACCCCAUAAAACUAAUUUAGGUUCCAAUGGUGCAGAACUUGUGUUUCUUGGUGAUACUCCUCAAGUACUAGCUGCCUACAGAGGGUGCUGGCCUGGUCUUACAGAAGGAAGCAAUCAUAGCUUCUAUUGUUUUAAACAAAACAACAGGAAGAACAGGACCAGGACUCUCCUAUACACAGUGUGUAGCAACAGCUGCCUGGGAAGCUGUGUGUCCCUCCACUCACCACCCUCUUGCUCUGAGGCACGCCGUUCUGGAGUAUAUUUCCAUCUAUGAUGACAUAGCUAGACCUCCUUUUACCAACAAAACUCCAGGUUGAGACUCUCUAGCCUUGCCAGGGCCCACUGAGAGCUCCCAGACUCAGUACAUUUCUCCCUCUUUUAAAACGCCUUUUCUAAACACUUUCUUAUAAAAUGCAUUUGGAAACUAGACCUUUGCUACCACUGUCUCUGGGUUUUUGUAUCAGUCCCAACUUCUCAGGCUGUCCUGUCCAAGAUGCAGGACCCCUAGCCCACCUCCCAAGGCACCUGUGCCUCCACUCAGGAUGUCUUGCUCUGACUGGCUCCCCUUCCAGAUUGCCUUUUCUGGCCUUUCUGGGGUUCCCUGUUGGUGCCACAGGGCACUUCCUUAAAACCAGUACUGUACCAGAAAAUUGAGGGUCCCAGUUCUGGUCCCACCACCUUCCAAGUGUUUGCCAUGUGGCAGGCUUUGUUCUGGCUCAGUUUCCAAUUAGAAAGUGGAAUUCUAGAGAUCCAGAUGAACAUAUCCAUCUCAGGAGGCAUGGAGGGAAAAGAUGUAUGUAUUGAAGUUUUUUUUUUUUUAAUGUGACUUUUUUUAAAUCAAUGUUCAAACUAAUAAAUAUUUUUUUAUGAAGAAGAAAAUGUGUAGAUUACAUUUCACAUCUUGUAUUUUUUUUUUUUUUUUGUAUGUGUGUGUGUUUGUAUUCUGGUGUUUGUAACACCGAAGUGGAAAAUACUGCCCAUGGCAUGGGUGCUGUGAAGUUGAGAUGAGAAAGUGAUAUGUCCUUGGUGUGGGUCUCUAGAUCCUGACCAGUUUGUGUAUUUGGACUCUGAGUUUUGGGGACCAGGACACUGCGAGGACAGGGACCUGCCUCAAAAGACACAGCUAUGCUUCCAAUUUUGCACAUCUUCCUUUAAAAACAGGCAACAAAACAAAACCUGAGAAAAUGCAAAACUGGAACUUUUUGCAAUAUUCUGAAAGAUAAUCUUCCUUUGGCUCAUUCUAUGACAUGUACAACUCUUAAGAAAGCCAUACUUAACGGUGGUAUUGUUUUUAGAUCCUAUUGUGAUUUGUGUGUGGCUCUUUUAGAAUCACUUGUAGUGAGGGUGCUGUGUGCGCUUUUCUUAAAUAUUUAUUUUUUUCAACAUGCUUUCAAUCUGUCAACAAAAAGGAAAAAAAGGCAGUGUUUGAAGAUUGUUUUUUUUCUGGGGAUAAUCUAUAUUAUACUGACUUUAUAUUAAUUAUUAUAAAACUGUGUUUGUACUGAAGAUGUGUUCAAUAUUUGUGGGAGGUUUGUCAUAAUCAGUUGGUGGGGCUCACUGCUCUGUCGUCCUGCUCUCUAUAACCACAGACAGGUAAGGAUUACCUUCUCUAGUGGUUCUUGCGAUUUGUCUGCCUAGGUGUGCUCCAGGUUGCCUGUGGGUUUCCUUUCUGUGAUGGGAUUUAGUGUAGACAUUCUUGCAAAACGGUCACUUUAAAUAAAAUGGGAAAUU